GAAAAAAAAGGCGAAGGUUACCACGCUGGUGAAUGGCUGUGCGGAACGGCCCACUUCGUGCCGCAGCCAUGGACGAGAAGUGACCACUGACUCUCCCCACUCGUCGCCUACGUACCGCCUCCCCAACACCCGAGCACCCUUCUCUCCCCGCGCACAGAGUGGUUCAAAUAACGGAUGCAACAUGAUCUUAAAUUUGAAUUUGAUACGGAGUGCGGGUAUCGGCCUCUUCAUGAUAGGAACGCUGCCAUUGCUGCGUCUCCUGCUGGAGGCCAUUCUUCGUCUCGCUCCACCCAGCGAUUUUCAGCCGCCUGCACACCUCGACGCCGAAUAUGACUUUGUGGUUGUGGGCGGAGGGUCAGCCGGCAGCGUGGUGGCGGCACGGCUAUCUGAGGUGGAAACCUGGCAGGUGUUGCUGGUGGAGGCUGGACCUCCACCUCCUGCAGAUACCGCUGUACCUGCUUUAUCAGCCUUCAUAUAUUUGCCAGGGUAUCCCACGCUCUUCCGCUACGAGACUGUCCCGCAGCGGAAUGCUCUCAAGUAUAGCAUUAAUCAGGCCGCAGUGCUGCUGCAGGGGCGGGUGCUUGGCGGCGGCUCCACGGUGAACGGUAUGGUCUACAGCCGGGGCAACAGGAGGGACUACGAUGCUUGGGAAGCUCUCGGAAACCCCGGCUGGGACUACGCCUCCGUCCUGCCAUACUUCAUUAAGUCUGAGGACUUUAUCGGCACGCCUCCCCGUGAAACGGAAAGGUUCCACGGCCGCGGCGGGCCCCUAGGGGUGACGCAAGCACCAUUAGGAACUCUCAGUCAGCAUUUCGUCCUGGCCGGGAGGCAGCUCGGUUAUCCUGUCGUCGACAACACUGGUCCUGAGCAACUAGGCUUCCCCGGUAAUGCCACCUUCACCAUCCGGGACGGGACGAGGAGCUCCACUGCAGAGGCCUUCCUGCGUCCUGCCACCAAGCGACCCAACCUGCACGUGCUGCACUCUGCCACCGUGACUCAGAUCCUGUUCAAUGAAAAGCGGCGAGCGGUCGGGGUCCUGCUUGAAUACAAUCACAAGAAGAUAAGUGUGGGUGUGCGUCGCGAGGUGGUGCUGUCGGCGGGGGCUUUGGGGUCCCCGCACCUCCUACUGUUGUCCGGUGUCGGGCCUGGCAGACACUUGAAACAACACAAGGUGAAAAUGGUGAGGCACCUGCCUGGUGUCGGACAGAAUCUCCACGACCACGUGUCUCUGAGCGGCCUCAGCUGGACCCUCCCGCGUGCCGAGGAAAGCUCAGCGCAGCCCCUGCCAUUAACUAUCAAUGACGUCACACAGUACAUAAAAAAUAGAGAAGGCGGGUUAGCUCGGGCCCCGGCGGACGUGCUGGACGCGUGGGUCAAGGCCAGCCCAAUAGGAGACCCACUAUGGCCUGACAUUCAAAUACUUCUUGUCGGUGCCACCCUCGCCCAGGACUACGGAAUCUUUAGUCCCGCUGCCUACAACCUUGACGCCUACAAAAUAAAGAAUUACCUUGGUGAGAUUUAUGGGGAGAGAGGGUUCACUAUGAGGCCCAUCCUGCUGCGUCCUAAAAGCCGAGGUGCCCUCACUCUCCGCUCCAAGGACCCGCGAGAAGCGCCGUUAGUGGACGUGGGUUACCUCACGCAUCACGACGACGUGGCCACACUGGUAGAAGGUAUCAAACUGACUCUGGCCUUGGGUAAUACGUCUGCUCUCCGUGAAGACAUCGGCGCCAAGUUCUUCAGUAAGCCCCUGCCGGAGUGCGCUUCUGAGCCUGUGGGCAGCGACGCAUACUGGAGCUGCUACGUCCGCCAUAUGAGCUCUACCUUCCUCCACAUGGGUGGCACCUGCAAGAUGGGACCCAAAUCAGACCCCAUGGCUGUUGUUGACCAUAGAUUAAGGGUAUUCGGGGUGUCGGGCCUGCGGGUGGUGGACGCCUCCGUCAUGCCUUUUGUUAUAUCCGGCAACACCAACGUGCCUGUCAUCAUGAUGGCUGAGAAGGCUGCUGAUAUGAUCAAACAGCAGUGAUUGAGAGAGAGAGAGAGAGAGAGAGAGAGAGAGAGAGAGAGAGAGAGAGUGUGUGUGUGUGUCCUCUGCAUCCUAAAGCAUACAGCCGUGCUCAUUGAAGCUCUGUGACAGUGCUAUGUGGGAAGGUCUGGACUCUGAAGAAGUGCCGGAAACCAAGCAGUGUGUGGUACUGUCAAUGAUGGACGAGAGUCAACUGGUUGCGCUGCUUGGGGCAUUAACAUUUUAUCCAAAUAACUGUUUCGUUAAAAUCAAAAU